AUGCUUCCGAGACUUUUCUUCGUCGCCGCCGUGGCAGCCGCAGCCUCCUGCAACAAGCACAAAAACAACAACAACAACGACACCACCGGCAGCGGCAGCAUGAGCAAGCCUGCAGACUCCGCCCAGACCCAGGGCCCGGCCAAGCUCAUCGUCAACACCCCGGGCAAGAUCGCCAUUGUCGACUUUGACGGCAGCAAGUUCGUCACCAAAGGCAACGCGACCGCGACCGGCAACCCGACAUGGGCUGCCUUCGCACCGCCAAACCUCUUGUACGCCGUCGACGAAAACGGCGACACCACCAGCCUCCUCAAGCUUGACCUCGAAAAGAACACCAUUAACCCCGUGAGCACCGCCAAGGGUAGCACUGGUGUUGUUCAUCUCGAGCUCACAAAGGACAAGUCGCGCAUGGUUGGUGCGGGCUACGGCAGCGGCAACAUCGACAUCUUUGACACGUCCGGCGGCGGCUUGAAGUUCUCCAAGGCGAUUGCCUCCAACGACACGGUCGGCCCCAACAAGGAGCGCCAGGCCAAGCCGCACCCUCACCAGUCCCUCUUGGACCCCUCGGGACGUUAUGUCGCCGUCAUGGACCUCGGCACCGACAACGUCCUCAUCCUCAACACCCAAAAGGAUUUUGAGAUUGUCAACCACGUCCCUGUCAAGCCCGGCGGCUGCGGCCCCCGGCACGGCGCCUUCUUCCCCGCCGGUGCCAGCAAGGCCGAGUACUUCAUUGUGCUGUGCGAGAUCAAGAACCUCGUCGUCGUCUACUCCGUCAAGUACACGGAUGACAAGGGCAUCGAGCUUGAGCCGGUGCAGACCGUUUCGACCUUCAAGUCUGAGGCGGACGCACCCGCCAAGGCCGCCGCGGGAGAAGUCGUCCUCGCUCCGGACAACCAGAGCCUCUACGUCUCGAACCGCCUGACGGGCGGCGAGACGGACAGCAUUGCUCACUUCCGCCUCCUCCGGAAAGACGGCACUUUGAAGGUGCAGUUUGUGGGCUUGACGUCCACGGGAGGAAAGCUGCCUCGCAUGUUCAGCGCCUCGGCUGAUGGCAAGUAUUUGUUUGUCGGAAACCAGGACGGCGCGCUGGGUCUCGUGGCCUUGAAGCGAGGCGCCGACGGGGCCCUGGCUGAGAAGCCUGUGGCGAGCAUCGAGAUGAGCCAGUUCCCGGGACAGCUGGCUGGCCCUAGCUUCGUGCUACAGAUUGCCUAG